AUGAAUGAGAAGGAAGCUCCAGCAGGAGCUGAUACUACUACCACAGUUCCUAGCAGCUUGAGGAGUAUGAGUGAAUCAAUUGAAGACUCGCCAGCAAUCGCUAGAACUGGUUCCAAGGAGGCUCCUGAGAACGAAAAUGAAAAAAACGGCGAAGGUGUUGAGUCUAAAACUCCUUUUAAAUUAAGUGCUCGCGGAUUUAUUAUUUUGGCAGUGUACAUGUUAUUAACGCUCUUAGUAGCUGUUGAUUCUACCGCAAUUGGUGCUCCAUUGCCUGUCAUAACAGCAGAACUCCAUGGUACCACAACUCAAGCAAUCUGGACUGGUAGUUCUUAUUUAUUAAGUUCAGCUGUAUUUCUUCCUACCAUAGGAUCACUAUCAGAAAUAUUUGGCAGGAUGCCAUUGACCGAACUGUCGACUCUUUUAUUCGCUGUUGGUUCAAUAAUUUGCGCAGUCGCACACAGCUUUACAGUGUUAAUCAUAGGUAGAACCAUUCAAGGUGUUGGAGGUGGUGGUAUCCUGGUUCUAACCGAAAUCAUCGUUACUGAUCUAGUACCAUUGCGUGAGAGAGGAAAAUAUUUUGGAUAUAUUGGUGCAGUUUGGGCAUUGGGCACUAUUGUUGCACCAAUUUUCAGUAGUGGUGUUACACAGUCUUCUACCUGGAGGUGGAUCUUUUACUUCAAUCUACCUAUUUGUGGAAUCGCAUUGGUUUUGAUCCCAAUAUUGGUUCGCAUGCACCUUGAUAGUUCAACAAUCUUACAGAAGAUUAAGCGUAUCGAUAUUAUUGGAAUCUCAGUCUUCACUGCGUCUAUGACUUCACUUUUGCUUGGCAUAACUUUUGGAGGUGUCAAUUUCCCCUGGAAUUCAUAUCAUGUGCUCCUUCCGUUGAUUCUAGGAGUAGUUGGCUUUGCUGGAUUUUGCGUUUACGAAUAUAAAGUGCCCAAAGACCCUAUGAUUAGGCUUGCUGUGUUUUCAAAUCGAAGUGCAUUUAUCGGAUAUAUCCAAGUCUUAAUCCAUGGUCUUAUUCUAUGGUGUUUGAUAUAUUACUUGCCACUUUAUUACCAGGGAGUUAAAGGGUAUUCUGCCCUAAUAUCGGGUGUUGCUGCUUUGCCAGAGACAAUCACAAUUUCACCAAUGGCUAUCAUCUCUGGUAUUUUAGUUGCCAAAUAUUCGCAUUAUGUCUAUCAAUCAUGGGUGGCAUGGGCUUUUGUAACACUAGGUGCAGGGCUUCUUUAUUUAUUGAAAGUCCAUACCACAGUUGGUCAGUUUAUUGGUCUCAAUAUUCCAAUUUCUAUCGGCGCUGGCAUUUUAUUUGCAUCGUUGAACAUUAGCGUUAUUGCUCCGAACACAAAUGAAAAUACCCCGUAUGCCGCUGCUAUGCUUGCAUUUGUUAGAGUUAUGGGUCAAGCCAUUGGUGUUGCUAUUGGUGGGUCAAUCUUCGCCAAUAGAUUAUCUGAUAAAAUUUCGUCAGAUCCGUUGCUUUCAGCUUUCAGAGACAAUUCUCAAGCUAUAGCUCUCGUGGAAGUGAUUAAGCAUUUACCUGAAUCGCCCGUUAAAGCUGCACUAAUAUUAGCAUUCGACGAUGCAGUGCGAUUAGUUUAUAUCAUCCUAGCUGCAUUUGCUGGUUUUGCAUUUAUCCUGAAUAUUUUUGUUAAAGAGUAUUCUUUAGAUGUCGACUACAAGUCGAAGCAACAUGUUGUAGAAAAUAACUCUGAUGCCGUCAAGAAUGAUGUCUCCCAAGCAGUUUAA